AUGGAUAUUAUUAAUAUUAUCGAAACAGAACCUAAAUCACGUGAAGAAUACUCAAAUGAAUUUAAUGAUAUUGAAAAUGUUCCAACUUCCACGCCUCAAAACGACGAAAAUAGAAUGGGAAAUGUAUCCGAUAAACUUAAACCUCUUACUUUGCCAAUUUUUACAAAUAUAAGAAAAAAUUUAGAAUCUGGGCAGAAAAAAUAUGGAAAACCACGUUCGUCAAGUCAACCUCGAUCAUCAAGUGGGUAUAGCGCGGAUUCAGGGGGGAGUGAAUCAUCUAAGAAAAUUGUUCAUCUUACAAAUGGCGGUCGAAUGUUAUUUGGAGAAGAAUUUAGAUGUAUUGACAUUUCUGAUGGUGAAGAAACAGCACCAACAUCACAAAAGAAAAAAAAAAAUCGAGGAUUUGAGUCAGAUAUUCUUCAUAACUUUACGUUUGAUGAGAAGAACUCCAAAAAUGAAACAGCUGAAAAUUUACUCGAUUCGCGACGCAACGAGCUGCAUGAUUUUGACAUGUCAGAUAACGACGACAACGCAAAACAACAUUCUCGUAGAAAAUCAGCAAUAAAUGUCUCUGACGAAUCUGAAGGAGGAUUCGAUACUGAUUUUUUUAGUGAUGAUAGUAGCACAAAAAAAGAUUUAUUCAUUAAGCCAGAUGGUAAAUUAUCGGAUGACGAACGAAAUUCGAAUUUAAAUGAUGUAUAUUCUAACCGUUCAAAAGCCCCAAAGAAAUUUUCCAAGAAAUUUAAAUUAAAUUCGUUAAAUUACCUUUCCGACGCGUCUGAGGAGUCCGAAGAUGAAGACUAUUGCCCAAUAAUGUCCAUAAAUGAUGAUAAUAAACAAAAAGAAAAAUCCAAAAAAAAGGAAUCAUUCUAUCUCGACACUGAUGAAGAUGAACCUAGUGAGAGAGAAAGAAAGUCAAAAUAUGAUGUCCCGAAUAGAGACGAGUUGAAUACGGAGGCUCCAAUGAACGUUGAUGGUGCCUUUGGUAAACUUGAUGAAUCUAUUUUAGAUGAUGACUUAAGUUUAGAUGAUUAUAUUGCUGUAGAUAAGCCAACAUAUUCACCAAAAAAGAAGCAGAGUCAAAGACAGAUAAUAAUUCACGAAGAAUCAAGCAAUAUUACCGAACUUCAGCCACCUUUUCAGCCUGGAUCCUCACCAAUGAAAAAUGGUCGUCGAUAUUUAGCUAUCAAUUGGAUUGGUAGCAUUCUUGCGGUAGAUAAUAAUACUUAUCAUUCAAUAAAUGUCGAAUAUAAUAACAAAACACUAUACAAAGGAUACAAUUUACGUGAUGAAAUUGGCUAUACUAUGGCUUGCCUCGGUACACAGGGAGCGCUUUUUGCUGUAGAAUCUGACGCAGAGAAUCCAAGUGUAUUGUAUUAUAAACCAAAUCAAAGCUGGUCCCAAAAAAGUGAUUGGAUGACAACUCUUCAUCCGGGUGAAGAUAUUACAGGUAAAGAUCGAUUCAAUGAUCAAGCAGUAGUCGUAGCAACUUCUAAAAAUUAUUUGCGAUUCUUCUCUCCUUUUGGUUUUCAAAAUUACAUAUUCUCAUUUCCUUCUAUCAUCUGCAUGGCGGCAUAUAACAAUUUUCUUUUGAUCGCUCAUCAUUUGAGUGUUGCUUAUAAAGGUUCACAAAAUCUUGGAUACGUUUUGUAUGAUAUGCAUGAACGUGGUGAUGUACAAAAAGAUGUUUUACCAAUAUCUAAAGAAUCAACAUUGAAAUGGUUGGGCUUUUCGGAAGAAGGGCUGCCAGUAAUGUUUGACUCUAAAGGUAUUCUUUUUAUGCUUCAUGAUCAUCGAAUAUACAAACAAGCAAGAUGGGUACCUAUAUUAGAUACCGCCAAUAUCGUAAAUGAUCCUACUAAACCUGAUGUCGACAACAAAUCAAAGAAGAUUUCGGAUGUUCGUAAUAUUUUUGAUGACACCUCAAAGACGGAUAUCUCUGAAAACAAGAAUGAAAAGGAUGAUGAAAAAGAUUUUGAGGAAAGGGAUAAAGAGAAAGAGAAGGAAUGGAUAUAUUGGCCUGUUGCGGUUAUUGAAUCUAAAUUAAUUUGUUUUAUUCUGAAGUACGGUGAAGACGUACCCCGUUAUCCUCGACCUACACAUGACGAAGUUAAUUGGCAAAUGCCACUCUUACAUCUUGAUAAACUGAGUGGACGUUGUGAAGAAAGAUGGAUACGGGAGUCUAUCCUAUCGAGCUUUCAAUACCAGGAAGCCAAUGCCAAAAAUGAGUUGAGUCUCGUAAAAGUUACGGAAUUAAGGAAGAAAGAAAGAGAUACUAAAAAGAUCAUGAUCGAAUUAAUCCAGGCUACUGUUAGUGAAGAAAGAUAUGAACGUGCUUUGGAAUUAGCAAGAUUACUAGAUUCGACAAAGUUCUUGGAAUCUGCAUUAAAAAUUGCAAACUUUUAUAAUGUUACAAGUUUGGCCGAAAAAAUUCAUCAUUUGCAAUCAGAGAAAGAAAAGUCGAAAACAAAAGAACGAGAAGCUUUAUUAAAUAGAUCAAUGUCGUAUUCGAAUAAUAAUUCGAUUCAAAGUGAUUCGGUACUCUUAUCUGAUCUUAAUCAUAGUUCGACUAAAUUGAGUAGGUCACCACCACCCUACGAAGAUUCACCAACCAAUCCAUUAAAAAGAAGCGUAAAGGAUAUGAAUGAUGAAAUACAGGAAGUCGAUGAACAUUCACCAAAACCUAAGAAAUCGGCUAUACCUAUAAGUUCAAUGUUUAAGAGAAAGCUACUAAAUUGA